AUGUUAUAAUUUGAUAGCAUUUAGUUGCUGCUAUUGGUUUUAGCAGUAACUACAUUUAGUAAUGAGGUUUUUUAAACUAAUGGAAUGCUACCAAUUAAUCUAAUUGCCUAAAUUGGAAAUACAGAAAUUAAGCAUCAAACAAUACAAAAUGAAUGGAUUGAUAAUCAAAGUUAAGUUAGUGAUGAUAAAAAUGAAGCGAAUAACGUCUUUUUGAUUGAACCACCAAAAAAAUCAGUAAAAGUUUAUUCAUCCAAGUCAUUAAUAGUAGAAAUUUAAGAAGAGGAACUCUUAAAGGAAUCAUCUGAAUAAAAUGAAUCGGAAUUAUCACAAGAACAGAGGGAUGAAUAGCAGAGGAUUUCAAUCAAGGUUAGCAAGAAAGUAAUGUAGGAUACAGAAAUUGCAUAAGAAAAUAAUUUGAAAGGGGAGAAUUCUGUAAAAUAAGAAGAGCUUAAACCAAUAUAAAAUGAUAAGAUGCCGACAAAAAUUACAUAAGAAAAUUAAGUGAUUGAAAAUAAUGAUGAGAAUGAAAUAACCAUUUAAGAUAUAAAGAUAGAAUCUAUUCAAGAAGAACCUGUAUCCCAAAGAGAAGAGACUAAAUCACAAAAUGAGGAUGUUAUUAUCAUUAAAAUAGACGAAGAAAUUAAAGCGACUCCUAAAGUGUUUGGAAUAUUAGAUAAUAAUGAUUCUAUAAAAUCAGAGAGUCUAGAGGAUGAAUUAAUUUCAGAGAAUGAUUAAGAUUAGGAUUAAAUUGAGUAAUGUGAAGGGGAAGAACUUGAUACAAUCCAUUCAUAAUAGGAAAAUAAACGUUAAGAAUUAAAUAAAUCAACUAUUGACUAAAAAAACGAUGGAAAAACAGCUAAAAAAACAAAUGAAAAAAGUCAAAAAUAAUCUACUAAUGUUUUAUCUAACAAUAAGAAACAAUAGAAUUCAAAGAGAAAUGAAUAACCAUUGAAAGAUCAAAGUAUUAAUUCUAAUGAAGCAGAUUAGAAAUUGAUUGGAGAGUUAAUUAAAGUUUAACCUGAAGUUGAUGUUGUGGAUCUUAGUAUAUUUGCAGAUGAUAAUUCAGAUUUAAUACCUAUAAUAGUUGAGGAUUCAGAAAAUACCAUAGUAAAUGAUCCAGAAAAUGAAAUAUAAGAUACCUAACCUUAAUAAGAAAUAAGUGAAAUUACUUAAUAGGAUACUAUAAUCGAAGUUAAUUAGGAAUUGAAUUAGGAUACGGUUGAUGUAAUAGCUACCUAGAAUUUAGAUAUUGAUGGAGGAUCAUUUGAAGAUUUCUAGUCUGAAUUAGAUGAAUUAGCUAGAGAACUUGAUUAAUUGAGUUUAGAUACAACUUAAAGUUCUAAUGGCAAUGGUGAAGGUGAACAUUUAGAAGAGGAGAGCAGUAAUGAUUCAUUAUAAUACAUAACAAUAUCAACAAAUAAUGAUCCAAUUAUUGCUAAUAAUUUGGAGGAUGACUAUUUUUUGGAUGAUUUAGAGAAUGAAUUGGGGGAAUAGACCUAAUAGUAAGAUGACUUAAAUUCAGCAAUUGAAUCAACAAAUGAAUAAGAAGGAUAAAUUCUUGUAGUAAAUAAUCCUGAAUAACUGAUUAUUUAAAAGGAGAAUCAAGAUGAAGACCAACUAGUAGAUGAUAAUCAAAUUGAAAGUUAAACUGAGUAAUAAUAUGAAGGAGAAUCCUCUAAAGAGAAUGAGAUUAAUAUUUCAAUAGAUAAUAAUAAUGAUUAAGAAUUAUCGAGUCAGGAUUCUGAGGAUAAUCAAGUUUAAUAGAGUAUCGAUUCUGAGGAUAAUUAAGUUUAAGAUGAUUCUAAAUAAUCAUUAGAUUUAGAUAAUGAGGUUGGAUAAUUUUAAAUAGAUAAAUCUAAUGAGUUUAAGGAAGUUGUUGAUAUAAAGAAGAAUUCAGUAAUUAAAAAGGAGGUUAGCGUUAGUUUGGAUAAUAUGAUAACAAAUGAGAGUAUCAAUGAUUAAGUGGGAUUGACUGAUGAUGACUUUUUGAGGAUUGCAGCUGAAUCAGAGGCAGAAGUCAUUGAAAAUUUGGAAGAUCUUUAGGAUGGCAUGGAGAAUGUACAAUUUGAUAAGAAGACUCAAAAUUAAAUUUAGGCUUAACCCGAUAAAGGUUAAAGAAUUUGGAAACGCAUUGAGGAUAAUAAGGAAUACUCUUUGAAAAUAGAUUCUAAUAAAUAAUAAAGAAGAUUUGAAGAGGAUAAUCUGGAUUAGGUUAAGAAUACUUAGAUUCGAGAUUAAUAUCAAAGGAGUAAGGAAGAUGAAUUUAACAAAAUGAUAAAUGAUUUAAUAAAUGAAUUUGAUUUCAAAAAUUAAAGGGAAAGGGAUGUAAUAGAUUAUGAUAGUUAAAUCACUUAAAAAAUUAUAGAGAAUAUGGAAGAAUUGAGAUAUGCAAAUAGGGUGUUCAAUAGAGAUUGGGAAGAAACAGAAGAUGAAGAUGAGGAAUAUGAAGCUGAGGAUGUGCAUACUUAUCAAGAGUCUUAAAAAGCUAACACUGAAGUCUAAAAGGAAGUUCAAAAUAAGAAAGAAUUUGAAAGAGAAUGCAAGGAUUAAGCAAGUAAUUCUGCUGCAAUUAGUGAUUAUGAGAAGGAUAUGGAUAAGAGAAAGUAGGAAGUGAUUGAUAGAAUUAAGAAAGAAUUGAAGUUAAAGAGGGAGAGACUUAAGAACAUUAAUAAUUAAAAAUCUGAUAAAUUAAACUCUUAUGAUUUCGAGAGAAUUUAUUUGGAUUGGGCAACAAACAAGGAGGAUAUAGUUUAUAAUAUAUUGUUGCACACCAAUAAUUAAGACAAGGAAAGUCAAGUAGAAGAGGAAGUGUAGAAUGCUAAAGUGGAAAGGAUUUCUAAAAAGCAGGAGGUGGAAGAGGAAUUAUAAAAAUUAUAUUCCAAUUAUGAGAGAAAGGGACGACACUUAAGGGGACAGAGAUGA